UUCUGCAGCAGCUGUUCUUGAAAGAAAGUCCGGAAGCGUCUCAUAAGUCAGAGAGUAUGAAGAACGAUAAAGACCCCUUACCUAAUGAUUCAGGUGAUGUCAUAGGUACAGAGUCAGUGAAACCACAUGAGAGCUCUCAGAGCGCUGCCAGUCCGCCUCCUCAGGACCUCAGAAGCGUUCUGGUCACCAGCGUCUUAAACCUGGAGAAGCUGGACGAUGACCUCUACAGGGGGACACAACACUGGGUACCCCGCACUCAGCGCUUGUUUGGGGGUCAGAUAAUUGGUCAGGCUUUGGUGGCUGCAGCCAAAUCCAUCAGUGACAACUUCUACGCUCACUCCAUCCACUGUUACUUUGUACGAGCAGGGGACCCUAAGGUUUCCGUGCUGUACCAGGUGGACCACACACGAGAUGGCCGCAGUUUCGCUGUUCGCUCUGUAAAAGCCAUCCAGCACGGGCAGCCUAUACUGAUUUGUCAGGCAUCCUUCCAGGUGCUGCAACCAAGCCCCCUGCAGCACCAGUUUCCCAUGCCAGUGGUCCCUCAGCCUGAGGACCUGCUCACCAUUGAGGAGCUUAUCCACCGUUAUCUCAGUAAACCAGUCCUGACAGAGAAUGCAAAAGGUGGCCUUAAUAAACUUCUGGCUGAUGAGGUCCCUAUUGACAUAAAACCUGUCAGCCCUGCACACUUUCACAGUUUUGGUCCUGGAGAACCAAGAAGGCUGUUUUGGGCGCGGGCUCGAGGAUAUAUUGGUGAAGGUAACAUGAAGCUACACUGCUGUGUUGCUGCCUAUAUCUCAGACUUUGCUUUGCUUGGCACGGUCCUACUGCCAUAUUCCAAAUACAAGGCCCACUUUGUUGCUUCCUUGGACCAUGCCAUGUGGUUUCAUAGUACUUUCCGCAGCGAUGAGUGGAUGCUGUACGAGUGUGAAAGCCCAUGGGCAGGGAGCAGCAGGGGACUGGCCCAUGGUCGACUGUGGAGAAGGGAUGGAGUGUUGGCUGCCACGUGCUCCCAAGAGGGUGUCCUGAGGGUGAAACCAGUCAAAGAGAGCAGCAAACUGUAGAAAUGUUUGGUUUUGUUUAAAACUGUAAAUAAUACACACAGUAAUUACUAAUAUAUUUAGUUUUAAAUUGCUCUUUGCCACACUUGUUACUUUUUAAAUCUAACACAUGAUAUUAAUUUGGGUAUUGAAAAGACUUGUAUUACUGACACAUCACAGGUCAUUAUUAGGAAAAGAAACCAACCUUGUAGAUUGUUUUUAUUCUGACUUUGCUUAAAAGCAGCUUCUAGGAAUAUAUUAUGACCAAAACUGACUGUAUUAAUGAGCUUAAAAUUGUAAAGUGAUUUACUUUAUUGCUUUUCAAGUUAACAAAUAAGAUGUUUUUGUAGCAUGAAGGAUUGAUGGUUUUAUCCUGACCUUUUGACUCUACACUCUUAAAACAGAUGUGUUAAUAUCAACACAAACUGUCAAAACUCAACACAAUGUGUCUAUAUAAGGACAACAYAUUUUGUGUUCAAUUCAACACAUUUACUGUGUUGAUCAUUUUAACAUAAUUGCUGUGUUAAAAUUAUUAACAGUGUGUUUCUUUAACACAGGUACUUUAUUAAUAUUUUUUACACAGCAAUUGUGUUAAAUAAUUAGCACAAAUAAAUGUGUCAUAUUGAACACAAAAUGUGUUGUCCUUAUAAACACAUUUUUGUGUAAAAACGUGUUAAAUAUGUUAAUUAGAUUAAAGAAAGGAACUCCUGUAGUAGAAAAAUAAACAUUUAUUGUAAACUUUUAAUAUCGCAAUUGACAAAAAGUCACAUAGCAUGUUAAGUUCAUUUACUCAGUUUGUUGAACCAUUAAAAAAUUAAUACAUUUUUAAAUUGUUUUACAGUUUACACUUUCUUUGCCUUUAAAAAAUAAACAUAAUCUUUUUAAUUUUUCUUUACACAAAACCUAUUCAUCUCUCACAGGUCACAAAAUACAUUUUAAGCAUAAACUACAAAUCUAAUUUAGGUUAUUAAUACAUCACAAGGAUGAGAUGCCUGAUCCAGACUGUACACACAACAAGGAGGCAUGAACAUUAAAUUAACAAAUAUUAAAAUGAUUCAAACAUAACAAUACAUAAAGAACAUACAGUUGAGAAGUCCAUCAGGAAAGAAAUGUCUGAUUUUACACUGCAGCAACUCCAACCCUUCCCUUGUCCUGUUGCAGUUGGUGGAAGAAAGUGGGUGAGUGCCUGAAGUGCUUUGAAGCAGAUCAUUUCUAGACAGAAAUAUAAGACAGAAAAAUAGAUACCGUCAUAAAAGAAAAGUAUGUUUUUGCAAAAAAAUAAAGUAUUCUACAGACUGCCGCAGCUCCCUGUGCAGUGUAAUAAAUUUACAAUUUACGAUUAAUUUAUUUUAAACAUAACUUAAUUAGGAGUUUACUGGUGAUAAGCAACUUAUUUUAGCCAAAGAAUCAUGCCGUGUAAGCUAAGCUAACAAUCAGUGGUCGAUGACAAGGAAGUAUAAUUUACGACAGACUGAUAUUUUAGGAAUGAAAUGGCACAAAUCAAUUUCCUCAAGAAUUCUAUGCUUUAACAGUUAAUCGAAUAAAACAUUAUUUUACCUUUCAUUUCCUGCUUCCAGGAUGUCCUGUAAUGGCAGUCGCUUCAGUUGAAUUUUUCUGCUAUGAGGAAAGUUCCUGAACUCCAGACGUCCAAGAAGUGAUGUGAUUGGUCGAAGGAGUAACACAUUUUAUGYGUACAGUUGUUUAUUCAGAACAACACGUGUUGUGUUGAAAACAACACAAGAUGUGUUAACUUGAUGCUAACACAAAAAAUGUGUUAAAAUAUAACACAUUUAUUUUAAGAGUGUACAGGUCAUGAUUUCUCCAGAACUGAACUCUGUUCUGAAAAAGCUUUCUUGGAAACAAACUCAGGUGUAGCUUCUUCAAUAACCUGUCCUUGUCUGCAGAUAAAGCUGACAUGACACUCUGAAUCUUUUGUGAUUAAUUAAAAAAGAAGAAAUAAAAUUCUGUGGCAUGA